AUUUUUGGUGGUGGUGGUGUUUUGUUUGUUUCAAGAUAGGCUUUCCCUGUGAAACCUUGGCUGACUUUGAACUCCCUCAGGUCAGCCUGGAACUGGAUGUUCUGCCAGCUUCUGUCUGUAAACUCUCCGUGUCCUGGACUGUGGAAUUAACACCUGGUGGCUGCAGUGUGUGUGUUUGUCUGAAUUCACAGAGCUGUGCGCUGAGGAAAGGUGAAUGGCACUGGCAAGUGACACCUCAAAGAACAACUUUAUGAGUCAGACUGAGGAAAGAAGAUCCCAUUCCACAGGAGAAAAACAGACGUGGGUAUUCACUUAAGGCACACACAAAAUUUACAAAUGAAACUCAGUGGGUCAGUAAAGGAAGAUGUUAACUAAUAAAACCAUUCUCCCGGGAUUGGGGAUUUAGCUCAGUGGUAGAGCACUUGCCUAGCAAGCGCAAGGCCCUGGGUUCGGUCCCCAGCUCCGAAAAAAAGAAAAAAGAAGAAAAAAGAAAAAAAAAAAAAAACCAUUCUCCCGGACGCAAACACUUAAGGCCACCGAGGUGACACGCCCUAGCGGGGUAUAGGGCUGGGCGGCUUCCGGAGGGUCUUGCAGGGUUGUGGGGUUGAAGGUCGGCCAGGGGGCGUGGCUUCGGCGACCUUCUCCGGAGCCGGCUAGAGGGAAUCCCUGGUUCUGGAAGUGGAGAUCGUGAGUCAUGGCUGCUCCCCGAGACGCAGAGAUCCACAAGGACGUUCAGAACUACUAUGGGAAUGUACUGAAGACAUCUGCAGACCUCCAGACUAAUGCUUGUGUCACCCCAGCCAAGGGGGUCCCUGAGUACAUCCGGAAAAGUCUGCAGAAUGUACAUGAAGAAGUUACUUCCAGGUAUUAUGGCUGCGGUCUGGUGGUGCCUGAGCAUCUGGAAAACUGCCGGAUUUUGGAUCUGGGCAGUGGGAGUGGCAGAGAUUGCUAUGUGCUUAGCCAGCUGGUCGGCCAGAAGGGACACAUCACCGGGAUAGACAUGACUAAGGUCCAGGUGGAAGUGGCUAAGGCCUAUCUUGAGUACCACACGGAAAAGUUCGGUUUCCAGACACCCAAUGUGACUUUUCUUCACGGCCAAAUUGAGAUGUUGGCAGAGGCCGGGAUCCAGAAGGAGAGCUAUGAUAUCGUUAUAUCCAAUUGUGUGAUCAACCUUGUUCCCGACAAACAAAAAGUCCUUCGGGAGGUCUACCAAGUCCUGAAGUACGGCGGGGAGCUCUAUUUCAGUGACGUCUAUGCUAGCCUUGAAGUGUCAGAAGACAUCAAGUCACACAAGGUUUUAUGGGGGGAAUGCCUGGGUGGCGCUCUGUACUGGAAGGACCUCGCCGUCAUUGCCAAAAAGAUUGGGUUCUGCCCUCCACGUUUGGUCACUGCCAAUAUUAUUACGGUUGGAAACAAGGAACUAGAAAGGGUUCUUGGUGACUGUCGCUUCGUGUCUGCCACAUUUCGCCUCUUCAAACUCCCUAAGACAGAGCCAGCCGGAAGAUGCCAAGUUGUUUACAAUGGAGGAAUCAUGGGGCACGAAAAGGAACUAAUUUUCGAUGCAAAUUUUACAUUCAAGGAAGGUGAAGCUGUUGAAGUGGAUGAGGAGACGGCAGCCAUCUUGAGGAACUCUCGGUUUGCUCACGAUUUUCUCUUCACACCUGUUGAGGCCUCCCUGUUGGCUCCCCAAACAAAGGUUUGUUGGACUUUCAGUUCCCUACUUCAGUCAGGUCCCUUGAAAGACCAAACUACAGGCCCUCCUAAGACAACAGUUUUCUUCACAGUUGGCUAUUUACCACAACUCAUUUCUAGAAUAUUUGUGUGGAUAAAUGAUUUGAUUUUCUUUUGUAAAUUCUUUUUAUUUAAAGAUUUAGUUUUGUUUUAUGUGUAUGGGUGUUUUCCCCAAAUAUAUGUCUGUGUACUCUCUGCAGUGCCCACAGAAGCCAGCUGCCCGGGAACUGGUUUUACAGAGUUGCUAUGUGGGUUCUGAGAACUGAGCCCAUAAAUCCUCUGGAAGAGCAAAACUGACUCUUAACUCCAAGAGCCAACAUUUCUUUUUUUUUUUUUUUUUUUUUUUUUUAAUUGUGUAUUUAUCUUAUGUAUGUGAGUACACUGUGGCUGUCUCCAGACUCACCAGAAGAGGGCAUCGGAUCCCGUCACAGAUGAUUGUGAGCCACCAUGUGGUUGCUGGGAAUUGAACUCAGGACCUCUGGAAGAGGAGUUAGUGCUCUUAACCACUGAGCCAUCUCUCCAGCCCCAACAUUUCUUGACUGUUUAAGCUAUCUUAUAGUGAAAUUAGCCAAGAUUUUAAAAAUAUUAAUGAAACCAAAUGUCAAUGAGUUAUACAUUUCUAAAUGUGUAACUUAAAAUGCAGAGGGGACAAUGGCUCAGCAGGUAAAGGUGCUUGCUGUCAAAGUUGAAGACCCGAGUUUAAUCCCUGAACACCAUAUGAUGGAGAGAGAGAACCAACUUCCCCAGCUGCUCUCUAACCUCUGCACAUGCACUGUGACAUGCAUCCCAACCCACGCGCGCGCGCGCACACACGCACACGCACACACAUAUACACACACGCGCACGCACACGCGCACACACACGUGCACACACACGCGCACACACACGCGUGCACACGCGCGCGCGCACACACACACACACAGUAAACAAAUACAUAAUAAAUGAAUGAUAAGUAAAUGAAAUGUUAAAACCCAUUCUUAGGGGCUGGAGAGAUGGCUCAGCGGUUAAGAGCACCCGACUGCUCUUCCAGAGGUCAUGAGUUCAAUUCCCAGCAACCACAUGGUGGCUCACAACCAUCUGUAAAGAGAUCCGAUGCCCUCUUCUGGUGUAUCUGAAGACAGCUACAGUGUACUUAUAUAUAAUAAAUAAAAAAAAAAAAAAACCAUUCUUAGUGCUAGACAGAUGGCUCAGUGACAGCUGCGCUUCAGAGGACACAGGUUCAAGUCUCAGCACCCACAUGGCAGCUCUUAACUCCAAUCCCAGGGGAAUUGGACGCCCUCUUCUAGCCUCUGAAGGGACCAAGCACAAAUGUGGUGCAGACAUAUGUGUAGACAAAGCACUCAUAGAAAUAAAAUAAAAUAAUAAAUAAAAAGCCUUUUUACAUUUAAAAAUGUUAAAGUAAUAAGAAUGAUAUUAAUUUUAUCUUAGCUUUGGUAUUUUUAUCUUAGCUUAUGGUAACAUGUGGAAACAUAAGGAAACGUAGUCGGUUUAAAAUGUUCACCUGGGGGCUGGAGAGAUGGCUCAGUGGUUAAGAGCACUGACUGCUCUUCCAGAGGACCUGAGUUCAAUUCCCAGCAACCACAUGGUGGCUCACAACCAUCUGUAAUGAGAUCUGAUGCCCUCUUCUGGUGUGUCUGAAGACAGCUUUGGUAUACUCACAUACAUACAAUAAACAAAUCUUUUUAAAAAAAAAUGUUCACCUGGGGUUAGGAUUUGUUUUGAGACAAGGUUUUGUUUUAUUGCCCACACGGGUCUUGAACUCCUGGAUUCAAGUACUGCUCCCCACUCAUUCUCAGUCACUAGAAUUAUGAGUGCGUGAUACUGAGUCCAGCAUGUAAGGCAUUUUUGUGGCAACUCUUAACCUGUUUUAUAUUUGGGACCCUUUUGAAAGCUUUCUUUUGGUAAUUCUUGUUUUCUUUGUUCCCCACCCCCAGAGUUGAAGACUGAACACAGGGCCUUGUGCUUGGUAGGCAAGCACUUUACCACUGAGCUAAAUCCCCAAACCCCGUUUUGAAAACUUACAUACACAUAUAUGUGUGUGUGGUGUGUGUGUGUGUGUGUGUGUGUGUGUGUGUGUGUGUGUUUGUAGAAGGCUUAUAGAUCCCUUCAGUUAAUUCACAGAUAUUCCAAAAACUCAAAAGGUUAUUACUGACAUGUUAGGAAUUAGGGGACAACAAUUGAGAGAUGGCUUGGUGGGUAAGAACACUGGCCCCUCUUCCAGGGUUUGAUUCCCAGCACCCUCAUGGCAGCUACCAAUCAUCUAAAACUUGAUAAUCUAUUCUGGCCUGUGUCUGAGGCAAAACACCCACACACAUAAAAUAAAAAGAAAUAAAGCUUACAAACAAAGAAACAACUAAUUUUAGCAUAAAGGGUCAGGGCUGGGGCUGAUUCAUCAUCACCAUUCUGCUUCAGUUUGUCUGAGUCUCUGCAAUGGGCAGUUCCAACAGACGGUGGGUCUCUUAUCACCCGGGCUUUACCCCGAGACUAGCUAGCUCUCUCGGAGACAGAUUGGGUAAGUCCGGGGGAGGGUGGGUGAGAAUAGAGGGUUGAUAAUUGACUCCUUCGGUUGUCCAGCCAUCAAGACUCCUCCCCAUUGAGCAGCUGUUUCCCAGUUUCCCCACUGACUGGCUCUUACCAGCAGCUGGUUGUCUGGACUCCAUAGUUCCCCCUCUUUUGGAGAUUUCACAUGAAAUCUAUAUGUACAUGGCCAUUUGUAUCUGACCUUUCCCCUGUGUUUUCAAAGCUGCUUCACUGAGCAUGCUCCGCUGUCUCACUCCUAUUGGAGCACGGCCGCAUUGGUUCAUCUGUCCACACUUGAUGGCUGUUGUCCUGCUUCUUGUAGAUUAUAAACUGUACUAUUAGGAACACAAAUAUGCAAAUAUUCAUUUGACUUUUCUGCUUUCAAAGAUUUUGCAUCUGUACUGAAGAAUGGAAUCUCUCUCUCUCUCUCUCUCUCUCUCUCUCUCUCUCUUGCAUUUCUAACUUUUGGUGGCUUUGAUAUUAUUUGCUUUUGAGACAGGGUCUCACUGUGUAGUCUUGGCCAGCCUGGAAGUCAAUAUGUAGACCAGGUUGGCCUUGAACUCACGGAGCUCCACUUGUCCCAUCCUGAGAUUAAAAGGCAUAGGGUACCAUUUUUGGCCAUAUCCCCAGCUUGUGAAGAACCACCCUGUCUUCCACAGUAGCUGCACCACUUUGUAUCCCUAGUACUGUCACCGCAGAACAAUAGUCCUGUUGUUGGUCACCACACAUGCCAAGAGGGACAGAAUGUAAUCUCUAAGCUCUGCCUAUACAGAAAGCAGGUGAUCCAAGAUGGCCGUGGACCAAUACUCUAAAAACUGCCUUCCCUUACCUACAGCCUGCAGGCUUUAGCAGACUGGGAGGACAAAGGCCAUCAGUUCCCAGUGUGUUCUUGCCCCUCUUGUCAGGUGGCCAGCCUUGUCCCUGGGAUCUAUGACGUCAGUGCCUCUGUCCUUAAUCAUCUCUUACCCUCUCCCCUUGUUCUCUGAACAUCUGGGCCAAGUCUAAGUCAGUGUCUCCCUUUAUCAUCAUGGUCUGCUCAGGGCCAUGUGGAGGAUGAACAAACAAGCCAGUAACAUGGUGUAGCUGUUAAGCUAGCAAGAACACGUCCAUGCAGAUUCCUUUUUAUUAUAUGAGGUACAAAUGUGCCCUCGGAAUGCAAACUACGAAAGCCUGUGCACCAGUGGGCAGUUGUGCUAAGAACGAUUUUUUUUUUUUAUUCUUUUUUUUGGGAGCUGGGGACUGAACCCAGGGCCUUGCGCUUGCUAGGCAAGCGCUCUACCACUGAGCUAAAUCCCCAACCCCUUCAUUUGUUUUUAAAUGUUAGCUUUUGUCCUAUUUUAUUUUAUGCAUAUGAGUGCUUUGCCUAUAUGGAUGGACAGAUGCCACCUAUGUGCCUGGUGCCCGAGGAGGUCAGAAGAAGGCAUCAGGUCCCCUGGAAUAGAGUCACAGAUUGUUGUGAGCCACCCACCCAACAUGAGUGUAGAAGGGGGAGUUGUAGGGUUUUGAUCUGCACCGUCUACUCCUGUAGUGUGACACAUACCUUUUUGUUCUUCUGAGGCAGAGUUUAUAUUGCCCAGAUUGGCAUGAUCUUCUGAUCAUCCUGUCUCUAUCUCCCAUAUUGAGGAUUACAGACAUAGACCACCAUUGCUGGCUUCGAAUGGUUAGGGGGAGGAGGGCUAACAGGAACAAAGCCCAGGAAACAGCCAUGUGGUCUGAUCCGUGUCUAUGCGUGUGCACAUGUGGGUUGCUCUGUAGCUCCAGGUCCCAUGGUGUGCAGACUGACUGACUCUCUCCUGUAGCCCCUUCCUUCCUCUCUUCUCAUUCCAGCCCACCGCCUGGUAAUUUAAAGCAUCCCGUGAAAAUGUGUGUCGCCAUCUAUGGGAGACAAGCUAGAACUGUAUAAAAGCCCAACCUCAAAACAUUCAGGGACUUCGGUAUUGGGCAUGUGAACCUGUAGGAGCCCAGGACAUGGCGAGCCACUUUCUGGUAGAAGCAGCUUAGGAGUACCAGUUUUUAUGCCACAGAGUCUGUAACGUUUUGUUCCAAAGACCACCUAGUCGUGGUUUAACUUCAUUUAUUAUCUCACCAUCAUUUCCCCGGUGUUUCAAAAAACUGCCUUGGACCGCAUUCUGAUUUUUUUUUUUUAAAGAUUUAUUUAUUUUAUGCAUAAGAGUACACUGUCGCUGUUUUCAGACGCACCAGGAGAGGGCAUCAGAUCCCAUUACAGAUGGUUGUGAGCCACCAUGUGGUUGCUGGGAAUUGAACUCAGGACCUCUGGGAGAACAGUCAGUGCUCUAACCUCUGAGCCAUCUCUCCAGCCCCCCCCCCCCCCCCGCAUUCUGAUUUUUUAAAGCAGUGGUAUUUUGUUACAUUUUUAUUUAUUGUAUGUGUACACCUUGAGGUUAGAGAACAAUCUCUAGGUCUUGGCUCACUCACCCUCUUCAGGGUUCUUCUUUUUGUUUGUUUUUCUUUUUUCAGGACAGGGUUUCUAUGUAUAAGCUUGGCUAACCUGAAACUUGUUUUGGAGACCAGGCUGGCCUUGAAUUCACAUCCACCUGCCUCUGCCUCCCGAGUGCUGGGAUUAGAGGCGUGUGCCACUGCCACUCAGCUUUCUUUUCAGGAUUUUAUAAUUGUUCUUCUAGGUGCCCUUUUUUACUCUGGUCUCAGAAACGAUCUUUCUCUAAACAUUUUCACUUUUCUGUUGUUCGUACGUAACUGUAGUUUACACACUGAGCAUACAUGGAUGUGCAGGUAAACCUCGGAGAAUUUCCCCUCACAGACUUUAAAAGAGUUGAGUUUAUCAGUGACCGGCUGUGAGACCACCCAGUCCUCGUGUCUGAGGGCUGUCCGAGGUGCUGAGGGAGACACAGACAGAUCCAGGUCUGCUCACAGUACAGACGGACUUACUGACAGAUGCCUAGUUCUAGGCAGCAGCCAUACUGGUUGGAGCCUCAAACCUGGGCCAGAAAGAGGGGCAAGACCUAAGUGACUGAAUUCUAGCUAGAGUGUAUCUGUUUCUCUCAGAGAUUAAGCAGGUUGCUGCUGCAUUCCUGGGGCUGGCUCUGCAGCGCCCUGCUCAGCACUGCUUCAAUGGUCCUUACCAGCAGUGCUGUGCUCAGUACUGUUUUAAUGGUCCUUUCCUGCAAUGCUGUGCUCAGUACUGCUCUAAUAGUCCUUUCCUGCAAUGCUGUGCUCAGUACUGCUCUAAUGGUCCUUACCUGCAGUGCUGUGCUUAGUACUGCUCUAAUGGCCCUUACCUGCAGUGCUGUGCUCAGUACUGCUUCAAUGGCCCUGACCUGCAGUGCUGUGCUCAGUACUUCUCUAGUGGUCCUUUCCUGCAAUGCUGUGCUCAGUACUGCUCUAAUAGUCCUUUUCUGCAAUGAUGUGCUCAGUACUGCUCUAAUGGCCCUGACCUGCAAUGCUGUGCUCAGUACUGCUCUAAUGGCCCUGACCUGCAAUGCUGUGCUCAGUACUGCUCUAAUAGUCCUGACCUGCUAUCUUUUGUUGGAAAACUGUAGCACAUCAUCAGAAUUUUUUUUUUUUUUGGUGUUUUUCUCUAUGGAGUUCCAACAAAUGUAGAUCAACUAUGCAAUGUAAGGUGGACCAAUAUACGUGUGUGUUGUUAGCAAAGAAUCUUUUACCAUGUGUCUUUUUAUAUGUUUGCUUUAGCAGAGCAUUUUCUCCCUUGUGUCUGUUCUAGUGAAAUGGUUUUUUAUGAGUUUGCCUAAGUCUUUUACCUGAAUCUAUUUUAGGAAAACAUUUCUUUACAUGUUUGCCGCAGCAAAACAUCAUCUAUUUUCUAAAGAACCCUUAAGUCUUCAUUUUAUAUCUCUUUCUGUUUAAGAAUUGUCUUUUUCUCUAACAUUAACAAUCUAUAUAUAAUAGAAAGAAUUAUAAGAACCAUCAUAGUUUUAUGUACAAUAUAGUCAAAUAUUAGUCAAGUAACAAAAUAACUUAAAUCUAUCAAUAUACAAUAAAGAAAAAAUUAUCAAUAAAUAACAAAAAUACUUAAAUCUUUAUUAUAUAUAAUAAUUAAACAAAAACCUUAAAUUUUUUUUUUUUUGGUUCUUUUUUUCGGAGCUGGGGACCGAACCCAGGGCCUUGCGCUUCCUAGGUAAGCGCUCUACCACUGAGCUAAAUCCCCAGCCCCUUUAAAUUUUUAUUAGUAUAGAAUAAUUAAACAAAAACCCCUUAUAUUUCUAUCAAUAUAGAAUAUAGUUAAACAAAACAGCCGACCACCCUAGAUGAUAACAACUGUAACACAUCAAGCCACCAACAACCAAGUGUGGCAGAGGAAGGUCAGAGAUAGAAAGUAACACAAGGGAUGCUGGGUAAAGGUGGACUUUAGAAAAAAUGUAACGGAGAUUCCUAAUAGUGGCUACAGUUCAUGGUCUAGGGGGAUUACUAUGGACAAGUUGGAAGAGCUGAAGACAUUUUACACUGUAGCAAGAAGUAGCCAGUUCCCCAGGUGGCAGAGGCCACUGGAAGCUGCCGCAUUGUUCCCCGUCUCUGCGUUUAUUUAUUAUUUAUUUUGAAUUCUUUUUCAUUUUCCUUUUUGAAGCAGGGGCUUGCCAUGUAGCCCAAUCCCAUCUGGAACUUGCCGUCCUCUAGCCUUCACUGGGCCACGUGUGAGAUUACAGGUUCUUGGAUUUAAUGCAUGCUGUGAACGAAUAGCAGGGUGGCCUGUCUCUGUAUCAACUCUGUGGAAUCUAUGUGCACAGCUUGGGUGUGGAUGGUCUCUGGAACAGGACUCUGAGCCCCCAAGCACUCACAAGGAUCAGAUAUGGCAGCGAGAGGUAGUCUAAAUUACUCACGUUCUCCAGGGACUUUGGCCUAGCCAGGUGGGCCUCAUUAUUCUAAUGAACUGCUCUCUCUGCACCAAGCCUGCUGCCACGUUUUUUGGGUGUUACCCUCACAGCAUGUCCUGGGAAGCUAAUGCUCUGGGUCCUAUCAUUCUGGCACGGGUUCUGAAGACCUUGCCGGUCUCCCUCAGAGGAUGGACUUGGUGAAGCCAGUGGGUGCUUGCCUCGCUUACCGCUAUGCUGUGCCAUCCACCAUGUUGUGUUCUCUGUGUCCAGUCAUCGGUACACUUGAUGGGCGUCCCAUGCUAGCAGACAUAGCACCCAGAAUUUUGUCUCUCAGCCACCCUGGUUUUCUCCUGUCGGAGAAGUCACGUGACGUCUGUGGCAGGUUGUGCCGCAGCGCAGACGCUUCGGUUUCACCGUGACCCAACUGCGUACCCCACAUUUCCGGUGUAAGUUAAACCCCAUCCCACACUGUACCCAGCUGAGGGGAGGCAGCUCUGGAAGUCACUGGGCUCCAUACUUCCCGCUGCCUAGAAACAGCGGGGGUCGGCCCUCCUAGGGCUUUCUAGUAGGGAGCUUUGCACGGUGACCAGUGAGGACUCCGUCUCCCCUCCACUUUUGUGCUGUGGCAUUGUACAUGGUGUGGUGCUGAUGUCUAAAGAAGUCUGUCCAGUUUCAGCUCCCUCCACAGUUUAGGACAGGUGCCUCUUGUUCUUGCCAGAGAGAGUCCAGCUCAUGCCGUCUGUCGGAGUGACGUCUAGUUGCUUUAGCAAACCUGGUAGGGGGGUGCCUAGAGUCUGCACCUCGAUUAUCCCUACGCAUGUCUGUGUGUUGAUUCCUAUGUAAGAGGCUUGUGGUUCAUCUCAUACUCUGCCUGGAAACAAAUGGGUCCUAUCUGAUUUGGCCACUCCUAGGAACCUCAUGGGUGGCCUGGGGCCUUGGAUCUUGCUGGAGUUGAUGACCUAUCCCCUCCUAUCUAGAAGGAGAUAACACUGUCAUUGUCCUGUGUUCUGAGACUAUAAGCUUCCUCUUUUCCCAGGUUAUUAUUACAAGAAUGGGAGCAGAUAAUAUCGGUUUGGAAUGGGGACCUAAGUCACCGCUCUGUGACAGGUAGAAUUAAAUAAAGGCAAGGUGGACGGUCUCAUCAGUCUAGUGUCACAGGAUUGCUGUGAGAACAGAGAGAGCACAGAGCCAAGGGGGGGGGGUGCCUCUUUCCCUGAUCCCUGGCAAU